AUGGGUGAUGUUGCAGUUUUUACGAUGGUGGGUGUGGUUCGAGGGGAUCCAUGCAUUGAAGGUUUGGGACUCUGUGGCCACGAUUGCGCACAAAGAUGUACUAAAUUACAUCCUGGUGGGGAGGGAUCUUGUGAGGUAACCGGCAAUGUUCCUUUAUGUACCUGCUACUACGAAUGUCCUCUGCCGCCGCCAUCUCCUCCCAAACCAAAAACCUGCUACGGCGCAGGGAAUCCCUGUACUAUUCAAUGUUGGAAUGACUGUUGCAAUCAGAACUGUGGUGUCAAGUAUAAGAAUGGUACUGGAUACUGUGAAGACAUUGGAGUGCCCCCUAUACUGUGUCAAUGUGAAUAUCCAUGCUAG